AGUGGUUUCUCCCAGCUCCUCCCUGCUGGUCUCGCAGCUCUGGGCUUAAAACUCCUGCCUGGUGGCCUCGUCCCGCCCCUCCUCUUCCUCUUCCUCCCUCGGGUUCCUUUUCCUCCUUCCGGUUCUUGGUCCAGGAUGCCGGUUUGGAGCUCCCUUGGCCUUGGCCUGGUUGGCUGGUGCGCGUCACGAUCCGGUAAACUGAACAGCGUCUCCUGGCGGGCCGUGCGUGCGUGCGUGCGUGCGUGAUGACGUCAAUGCGUGGCUUCGUGAUACGUGGAUUCCUAAUGACUUGACGGUCUAUAGGCGUGGCUGAGUACGUGCCUCCUGCGUACGUGCGUGGUGUACGUACUUGCGUGUUACGUGCACACGUGCGUUCUUUGCGAAAAGGAUUUUGGGAGCCGCUUGAAAGCGGAAGAGUUAUGGACCGCUAGCACCUGUUACUGGCGCCCGGUUUCCCGGAGUUAGCGGCAGCUACCUUGCAGCCGUGACACGAGCCGGCUGCUCUCUCUUCUCACUGCGGUCACGUCUCCUCGCUGGCUCCAGUGGCCUCGCUGGGUCGUGAGGAGGCGGAGGACCGUUCUUCCCUGUGGCCAAAAGCCAGAGUCGACUCUGUACGCCCACGACUCUCAGGGUCCGGAGGCCGUGAGACUGGCCGCCGCUGAAAGGUAAAGAAGCUAAGUGGAAGAGUGUUUUCUCCUCUGGCUGCAAAGCAGGUACUCUCUGCAGCACCAGCUGUCUCCGCCCUACUCCAGACUGCCCCAAAGACUCUGUGGGAUGAACCUGAGUCAGCCAAAUCCCAGCCCCUUCCCUUGGACCUGCCGUGGCUCGGGACAUCAGUGACAGACGGAAGCAGCGGACCAUCAGGGCCAUAGGAGGCCCGCGGCGCUUGCGAAGAUGAAGUUUGGCUGCCUCUCCUUCCGGCAGCCUUAUGCUGGCCUUGUCUUAAAUGGAGUCAAGACUGUGGAGACGCGCUGGCGUCCCCUGCUGAGCAGCCAGCGGAACCGCACCAUCGCCGUCCACAUUGCUCACAGGGACUGGGAUGACGAUGCCUGGCAGGAGCUGCUGGUGGAGAGGCUGGGGAUGACUCCUGCUCAGAUUCAGGCUUUGCUCAGGAAAGGGGAAAAGUUUGGUCGAGGAGUGAUAGCGGGACUCAUUGACAUUGGGGAAACUUUGCAAUGCCCCGAAGACUUAACUCCCAAUGAGGUUGUGGAACUAGAGAAUCAAGCUGUACUGACCAACCUGAAGCAGAAGUACCUGACUGUGAUUUCAAACCCCAGGUGGUUACUGGAGCCCAUACCUAGGAAAGGAGGCAAAGAUGUAUUCCAGAUACUUCAGAGGGCCCCUGAAACAUCCAGAAAAGAGGUCAACAGGAUUAUUUGACAUGUUUAGUUAGGUACGUGGGAUUGCCAAAAUGAUGUUCAGUCUUUAGGUUAUAUUUUUAUGAAUAAUGCUAAUAUAUGUUCCAAGAGUAUAUGGGAUUUCUAAAAUUAUAAUGUCUGAGUAUAUGCUGUCAAUCAUAAUUAAGGUUGUUAUGUUAUUGUAAACCACAGAGAUAACCAAACUUCUUUGUCAGUUAUGUUUCUAACUGUAAUUAUCCUGGGCAUUUUGCUAUUCACAGACAGUUGUUGUCUUGUUUGAAUCCUUUUCAAAAGAUGGCGUAUAAUAAGCUAUAGGACUUUGACAGGUGCUCUCAAAUACAGGCUUCUGUCUGAUAACUUUGGAGAUUGUGACAUUGGAAUAAAGAAAAACGUACAGGACUCAGAAACAGCUGAAGUGUUCAUGAACUGAAGCAAAACAAGAACUAAAUGGACUGAACUCAGAAAGCUAAAGCAACCUUUUUGACUUUUGCUUGGAGUAUUGUUGAUCCUUGUUUUGCUUUCCAGAGUCAAAGAAACUUUGAACUAUUUACGGCAUUUAAUAAUUAAGCAAGGUAUACUCUGGUGAGCAAAAUUUGGAGCAUGUUUGUUUCUCUCUGUCUGGUUCCUGUAGAAUUUGGAAACUAUCUGUGAAUAUUGUUAACGUAUGGCAAUAUAGUUGUUUGCAUCAGUGCAGUAAGAAUCCAUUUUUCUUUUGCAACAGGAUGCAAAUGGAAAAACUCAUGAUUUUACCAAGGCUUUGACUGGAAGGGUAUGCUUCACUUUAAGGAGUCAGUUUCGACUUGCAAAGCCAAUAAAAGCCGAGUGGGGAAACUGGCCUCAUACCCUUGCCUGUGCAGUCCCUGUACAGGAUUCCCGACCUGUGGUCAGUAAAGAAUGUCACUUUCUAACAGGUCCAGGAGCUCCACGUUUAUCUUGGGACUGUAAGAGGAGAGGAUCACCCAACUCGCUGGUAUUUGAGGAUACAAACCCAUGGCUGGGCUCAGCUUUAAAAGGUCUUAUUAGGCCGGGCGCCG